GGACUGUACCCGCGUGCAGGAGGAUGAUACAAAUGGUGAUGAUUGUGACGCAGAAGAAGGGUAAAGAAUGAAAUAUAUAUUGCUAGGUGCCAACGGAUCUUCUUGAUCUCAUUUGCCUCACUGACCCCUUGCCAUUUCCUAAUACUCCCCAACAAUCUAUUUCCCCCGCUACUACCAUCAAUCCAAAGACCUACCAACAUGUCGGAUAUUGCGAAAGGCGUCGGCAACUUGUUUGCGGCUGUCUUCGACAUCAUCAAAGGCAUCUUUACCACCAUCUUGAACGUCAUUUCAGGCGCCAUCAACGCUGCCGUUGGUCUCGUCAAGAACGUAUUCAACAUGGCGGAAGGUGUUGUCGGCUUCAUAAUCGGCAACAUAUUCAUCAUUGGCACAUUGUGCGCAGUGUAUUUCGGUUACCAAUUGUAUCAACAGCGCCAGGGCAGGAAUCCGGCCCCGAUCUCGCGUGUCGCGACGAAGAAAACCAAUUAGGAGAGAUGCUAGAGGAUCAGUUGAGAGCCAGGUGUCCUCAGGGACAAGGGGCGUGUAUAGCACAACAUGGGAAAUGCCUUGUGAUGGCAUCUCAAAUGGCAGGACAUGGCGCUGGCCGGGACGUCGCUAGUGUUGGACUAGGAAUCGCGACACGGGAAGGCAGCGUCAACGGAUAAAUUCGGUAAUGGGCUUUUUAUUUUUGCUCAAGUACUCGUAGUUUAGAAGAAGAAUCUGAUAUAGCCGAAUAUGACACACGAAGAGAUGUUAUUGCG